AUGAAUGAAAACUGGAUUGGUGCACUCUUUCUCUCUUCUUUCUUGCGUAUGAAACUACAAUGUUUUCAUGGUAUCAGAGCUCCAGUAUUGAGGCUGUUUAUGAACAAAAAUAUGACUACCAUAGAAACUACUAGUUCCCUAUAUUUACAUCCAUCUAAUGGGAGCACCUCUGUAGUUGUUGAAAAACUUCAGGGGGCCUCAAAUUAUAGAUCUUGGAAGAGAUCCUUUGAAAUCACCCUAGCUGCUAAAAGAAAGUUGGGAUUUUUGACUGGUAUAGUCAAAAGAGAGCCCUCUAAUGCAGUGAAACAAGAGCACUGGGACACAUGCAACAGCAUGAUAUGGAGUCAACUUGACCAAAGAUAUUCUGUCACAAAUGGCUCUAGGAAAUAUAAGCUGAACAAACAGGUUUAUGAAAUGAAACAACAAGGAAAACUAAUCACAGAUUACUACACAGAUCUUAGAGGACUGUGGGAAGAACUUGAAUCACUUAACUCAUACCCUCCUAUUACUACCAUUACUCCAGAAAUCAAUGCAUUUGUGGGUGCAUUGCAUCAACAACAAGAAGAACAAAGGUUGUUUCAGUUCCUGAAUGGUGUAGAUGAGAUAUAUGGAGGAUUGAGAAGCAAUCUCCUAAUGAUGAGUCCAUUACCACCUGUUGACUUUGCCUGUAGUGCACUGCAACAAGAAGAAUCUCAAAGAGAAAUUCUUAAACCUGAACCUCUAGCUAUGUAUAGAAAGGGCAAUGAUGAAAACUUCUUAGCUUGUGGUAGGACUGGUCACACCAAGGAUAAAUGCUGGACUGUAGUUGGCUUUCCAAGUUGGCAUCCAAGAGGCCAAAAGGAUAAAGACCAAAGAGGAAAAGGAAGAGAACAUGGAAACAAUGCUAGAGGUGGAAGGUGGAAUAGAGGAAGAAAUGGAAGAGGUGGUGGCAGAACAACUGCAAAUGCUCAAGGAAGUGCUAGCAGUUCAAGCUCUAACAAUCAACCAGCUAUGUUCAUUGCUCAGCAGCAUGAACAACUCAUAAAACUGCUGCCAACUCCAUCAAAAGCAAGUCACUCAGACACUGAAGAUGAUUUUGAUAUGAGCUAUGCUGGUGCAUUAGACCACAUGACAGGUUUUGCAAUGAUUCUUCAACUAGAAAGAAGCAGAAAUGAACCUAAAAUCAAUCUACCAACUGGACACACCUCAAGUAUCUCACACUGUGGAAAGGUGAAGUUGGAAAAUGGAUUGAAUCUUGACAAUGUGUUGUAUGUGCCAGAAUUCAAACACAACCUUCUAUCUGUUCAAAAACUAGCCACAAAUGCUCAAUACAAAGUCCAUUUUCACUCAAAUUUUUGUGUCAUUCAAGACAUCAACUUAGACAGAAUCAGAAGAGUAGGAAAGGCUGAAAAUGGUCUCUACUAUUUGAUCAACAAACCCAGCAGAUUCUGA